AGCUUUUGUGAAAGAUCCUAUCACGCUUAAGUAAACAGGGCGCAGGAAGUCCUUCAUUACACAACCCGCUCUUCUCUUCUCGGUCCAGAGUUUGUGUUAGUUGUUGAUAACCGACCUCUUGUUGUCUCCGGAGCACCGUCGUUUUCCGUUAUUUUUUGCAUUGGUUUAAUCAACCUCACUAUAUACACAUUAAUUAUUUUGCUUUCAGACAGCGGGGCCGUCAUUACAGGUCGGACAAGUUUGCGUUGCGUGGAAUGAAGACAUCAGCCCAUCAGUUGGAGACAAUUAACUGGAGCAAUCAUGUUCGUCGAGGCCAACAACCGAAUAUACCUGCGUUUUCUUUAACAUUAAAUAUACGGCUCGGUGGAGCGAGAGGAUGAUCGCUGAGUCCACAAAAGUUGUGUACCUAAACCGGACAAAGAGCAAGCCGCAGUAGGCCUGCCUUAAACGUCGCCUUCACUAAGAAAGACACCCUCGCCGCGUGGCACUUCACCCUGCCUCUAUAUUUUCUCGUCCUCAGUGACUAAGCAUUAAGCUUGAUGUGGUUAUAACACUUAGGCUGUUUCUUCUUCCUUCAAUUUCGUACGCUCAGUAACAAUCUGACAUCUCACCUGGAGACUCUUCAGCCGGAAAGCAUUUUUUUCCCAUUUGUACACGGGUUUGCCAAGCGUCUCUGUAAUCUCAACUGAUGAAAGUGAUUGAUUGAAGUCAGUGUGACUGAAGUCAGUAACUGAAGUUAGUCGUACACCAAUUCAAUCAUAUUAAGUUGUGCAACUGACUAUUCGUGCAAGACAUCCAUUUAUUGCACUGAACUACCUGUAUAUGGUCGGACAAAUCAAUGAUCAGCUGCAGAUGAUGGAUAACCAAACCGACAACUUCACUUCCCUGCCUCAACCUACAUCAGCGGAAGCUUCAACUCCUCUGUCCCCUGCUGUACUCGCCCUUCGCACGACGCUCAUCACCCUCAUCGCCAUCUUCAUCGUGGUUGGUGACGUCUUCUCCAUUGUUGUUGUGCGUCGAAUCAAAGACUUAGCCGAGAGCAGUAAGAUUCUGAUGAUAUCACUGGCUUCUAAUGACCUACUGGUCGGUCUGUAUGCCAUCCCAACUAUCGUAGCCUCGGCUCUGGACCAUUGGCCGUUUGGAAGCAUCGUCUGUAGUAUUCAAGGCUUCGUAGCUUUGACUUCAGUGACUCUAUCUGUGUGCCUCAUCUGCUUGUUGAACCUGGAGCGCUACGUUGCCGUCACUCACCCGUUCAGGUUCCAGGUGUGGUUCCAGAGGCGCAAUGUGCUUGCUGCGGUGACUGUGGCAGCUAUCCUGUGUAUUGCUCUGGUAGUCAUCCGCAUUUGGUUGAUAAUGCCCAUGUCAUACAUCCCAGCCAGCGUGUUGUGCAUCGGUGAACACGGCACAGCCGUUCUAGAGAUCACGCUGACUGUAGUGGUAGCUGUGGCUCCGGUCGUCAUUAUGGUUUUUAUCUAUCUUCGGCUCAUCCACAUCAGUCGGCAGCACGCCCGGAAAAUUCAAGCUCAAGUCGGCGGGCAACGCGGCGUGCAGAAAGCUGCCCGUAGCCUGGGACCCGACACUAAGGCCGUGCGCACUUUCUUGGUGGUCACUGUGUGUUUUGCUUUAUGUUGGAUGCCAAUCCAAGGCUCCAGGGCCUACGCUGCUGUAUCUGGAAGCUCCUUACCGAACUGGUUAGUGUUUGUGACGACUUGGUUGGCUGCUUCCAACAGCUUCUUUAACGUCUGCAUCUACUAUGUCUUCAAUGCAUCAUUUCGAAGCGAGGCAAGACGAGCACUUAACAGGCUCCGAUGCGGCAAAUGUUCAUCUGUUGGCCCGGUGGAAGCUUAGCCUGAGGAGACAUUUAAACUUUGGCUUUGUCACCGGCAUCGGUCUCAUCUCUCGCCUCAGAGGUGAACUCAAACAGAAAAUACUCUCAACAUUGACCCUAAUAUUUCAUAUAAAGGUUGUAAGGUCUCGAAGUUGAAGCAGAACACUGACCUGCUGAGCCAGGAUGGAUCCACCUUGUUAGGGGCCUGGAAAUCCCCCGACACAAAGCCUCAUACCGGACACGACACCGAGAUAUUGAAAACCGUUGGCGUAACUAUACGGGGGAGGUCCAUAACCCCGGUGUCCCCCAUUUGAAAUCUUGAAUUGCACAAAACCAAUGUAUACGUUAUCUUCAGUGCCCCCUUUGAAAAAUUGGUGCACCCCCAGGUAUACCCCUAGAA